GCCAGCGCCACAGUGCUACAAUGGCUUGGUUACCCCUCUUAUGGUUGCUGGCGGCGCCAUGCCUGGUGGUGGGCAUCCCACUCACCCAGCAGGCGGAGCUUCGGUCGGACACCGCAGUAAGGGCAGAGAGGGCCGAUUACCGGCUGCCCGGUGACGUCAUCCCCAGCAACUACAAGGUCACCCUUCAGCCCUACUUCGAGGGUGAUAAUGCAUUUACCUUCGAUGGCAAAGUCGUUAUCACAGCAACUCCUGAUUUCACCGUCAAUGCGGAAAUAAAGGAGCUGAAAUUACACUCUCACAAAGACAUCACAGUGACAGGCGUUACAGUUAAGUAUGGCAUAGGCAGCCUCACAGCAACUCCUCAGACAGAAGCCGUGGGUGACAGUGAGAUCUACACCAUUACGCUGGGCACUGCCAUCACAUCCCAAGAAGGGGUGGACCCCACUAACCAAUUAGUCAUCGAAAUUGACUACACCGGUAUUCUCAAUGAUGAUAUGCGUGGUUUCUACAGGAGUUGGUACAACGAAAGUGGCGUCCUGACGUGGCUGGCGACCACGCACAUGGAGCCCACGGCAGCUAGGCGCGCCUUCCCCUGCUUCGACGAGCCUGGAAUGCGGGCCACCUUCCAAACGACGGUGAUCGCUCCUCAGGGCUACACGGCGCGCGCCAACACCGAAGUGACGAGCACAGCCCCCAUGUCCGACGGCAGUACGCAGUACACGUUCGCGCAGACGCCGAAGAUGUCGACCUACCUGUUCGCCGUGAUCGUGUCCAAGUUCAACGCGACGACGUCGGCCGACGACGAGUCGCACAACUUGUGGUCGAGGCCCAGCGCCACGGAGCAACGCAACUACGCCGCAUCAGUGAGCCCUGCCCUACUCCAGGCUAUGGAAAACUACACUGGCAUCAAUUACAACGAGUCUACUAUUACCAAGAUGGACCAGCUGUCCAUCCCUGACUUCUCUGCCGGCGCCAUGGAGAACUGGGGCCUCGUCACCUACAGGGAGCGCCGCAUCCUGGUGGAUGAGCAAGAGACGCCCACGUCGUACCGCAAGAGCGUGGCGAACGUCAUCUCUCACGAGUACGCGCACCAGUGGUUCGGCGACCUGGUGGGGCCUGCCUGGUGGAACGUACUCUGGCUCAACGAGGGCUUCGCCACCUUCUUCGAGUACUUCAACACGCACGCUGUGGAGACGGAGUGGCGUCUGGACGAGCAGUUUGUGCUGGAUGAGUUGCAGCUGGGCCUGUCUGCUGACUGCCGCCUCAGCACGCGCGCUAUGACGCCACAAGAGGACGCCGUGCUCACGCAAGCCCAGAUCUCGGACCAGUUCGACAACAUCGCUUACGCCAAAGCUGGCUCAGUACUAAGGAUGAUAGAACACAUUCUCGGAACCGAAGUGUGGAAGAAAGGCCUCAACAAGUACCUGACAAAAAUGAAGUUCGAAGCGGCCAUGCAGGACGACCUGCUCACCUCUCUAGUGGAGGCAGCGACUGAGGCGAAUCUCAGCUUCGGGGGCAACAACCUUCUCGACAUUCUCCACUCAUGGACCAACAACGCCGGCUACCCUGUGCUCACAGUCACGCGGGACCGCGAGGCCAACACCGCCACCGUCAAACAGUCCCGCUUCCUGUUGACUGAGGAGAUAACGGACAGCCCGCAGUGGAUCGUGCCGCUGACUUGGGCGACGACCGCGGAUCAGCUGGAGAACACUAGCCCACAGCAGUGGCUGGUGGCAGAUGCCACCGUUACCCUGCAAGACGUCCCAGGUGACGGCUGGCUACUGCUCAACAACCAGCGCACAGGUUUCUACCGCGUGCUGUACGAGGCGGACGCGUGGGCGCAGGUGUCGUCGGCGCUGCAGCAGAACGCGUCGGCGCUGCCCGUGCUGACGCAGGCGCAGCUGGUGGACGACGCCUUCUGGCUGGCGCGCGCCGGCCUGCUCGACUACGGCGUCGCGCUGGACACGACGCUGCACCUCGAACACGAGGACGACUACGUGCCGUGGUCGGCCGCGCUGGGCGUGCUCUCCUACCUGAAGGACCGCCUCUACGGCGGCGAACACUACGGCAACUUCAAGACUUACAUGUUGGAGUUGUUGAGCCCACUGUAUGAGAAGUUCAAGAAUUUCGAAGUAAGCUCAGAACUGUCGCACACGGAUCGCCUGCUGAUGGAGAAAGUGCUUACGUGGGUCUGCGAACUAGGGGACACCUCAUGCCAGGAAAAGGCUGCCGAGCUCUUUGGCGACAUCACAGGAGAUGGGAGCAGCAGCGUCGCUGCCGACGUGCGCAGCGUGGUCUACUGCAACGGCGUGCGGCGCGGCAGCGCAGACGACUGGCAGAGGCUGUGGGAGCACUACCUCGCUACCAACGUCGCCUCCGAGAAGACAAUAGUCAUCGCCGCACUCGGCUGCUCCAGCAACGUCACGGUCCUCGAGGAGUACCUGGCCACGACGUCUGAUGGCAGCAUGGACAUCAGGAGCCAAGACUACUCGGCGGUGUACUCAGCCGUGUACAGCAACCCCACCGGCUACCAGGCCGCCAUCAACUACGUCACCAACAACAAAGGCGUCAGUGGUGCGUCUACAAUCCUGGCUGGGCUCGCGUCAAAGGUUACUUCCCAAGAGCACGUUCAAAAGCUGGUGGAUGUGGCGACAGCAGCGGAGCUCAGCGAAUCAGCCAUCGCGAGCCUGGAGCAGUCGACGGCCGAACACGUGCAGUGGAACCAGCGCUACGAGGCGGUCGUCGGUGCGUGGCUGGCGGCCCGCGUGCAAACGCCCACCACCACCACUGACCCCGGCAGUGGCGCCAUGCCAGCAGUUGCCUCGGGUUCUGCCGCGGCGCUGCUGCUGUCGCUCCUGCUGUUGUCCCUGUUCGCCGCCUAGGCCUCUUCAACUCGUCAACUGGUCGAUCACAACAGUUCACAAGCUGCCUUUGCAGCUACGUCAUCAACAAUUCACGACAUUCCAACCCCUCUCCCUUCCGCCUACCUCCCGAUCGCUUCAGAGCUGAUAGCAUGUUUGUCUCACGCAAACACACACAGGGCGCAUGUAGUACUGAUGAAGUGCAGGGAACCUGUUCACCGAUAUCAGCCCGUUUACUCUUAAUGUACUAUUUUACUUCCACUUAAUACGUGGAGCUAACGUGCAAUAACCUCUUAUACAUCUAAAUUAAGCAUUAACACGUGCUGUGCACCUUUGUAUUUGAACCACUAUCUUGGCAAUACAGUUAACAUUAAAUUAGGAUUACCCAUAGCAGUUGACUCUUCUUAGGUCCGUCCACAUAGCGAGGGAAAGUGUUGUUUCUCCAUCAUGAAACUGAAAUAAAACUUUUGGACCACUACGUACACACGUCCUGUAGCACAGAAACUGACCAAAUGACUAGCGUGUUCAUAUAGUCGUCUUCUAUAAGAGGGAAGAAUAAAAUAACUGCCGUAAGGUUUUUACCAUCACUCGAAUUAUCGGCAGGCAGAACUGACAGUCACACGCCAUUGCAUCCUUUCAGUUGUGCAAAUCAGUCUCGAAAAUGAUUGUAAAUUAUUGUAGUCCGCGUUAAGUAUAAGACGCUUCAUCCCUCUAUCUGUCUACAUCAUCCUCGUCUCUUUAUCUAUUUUCUGUUCCCCAUUCUCUGCAUCUUCGUAUCCUCUUCCCCUCUCUUCCUCCAUUUGCACCACCCCUUCUAUGUGUCUAUAUCUCCCUCCUUCUUCUCUUCUUUCACCAUAUCCCAUUUCUCUUCCUUUUCCACUUUCCCACUACUCCUCUACAUCUUCCAUUUGCCUCAUGCACCCGCCCCUUCUUCCCUCUCUCUGUCCUUAUCCUACUCCCUGUCACUCAUCCCCUCCUCUAUUCACGUCAGCCUGUCCCCAGCUAUGUUCAUCAGCACAUGUAGCCCCUGCAAUAUAGUUCAAUGAAGUAGGCCGAUACUAUUCCCACAACAUGCCUGUCAUACAGGGCAGCCUACAUGUCAGGCUCUGUAAAACUGUUUCUUGCCCCUGACUUGUAUGUUACCCUGCAAAGCACGCUGAUUCAGCAGGCUGUUACCGUUCCCAAAAACAAAAUGUCUGUCGUAUGUGGCAACUUAUUAUCCCUGGCGCUGGAGAAAGCACAUUUUUGCCUGUAUCUCCACUCCUGUUGCAUCUAGGAGGUUUUAAAUGCAUACUAGUGACACUCAUGAGGCCUGCUGUUUCUAUGCCAAAUUUUGUUCAAAUUAAUUCAGGGAUGUGGGAGGAGAAUCUGACGUACACACAUUUAUACUGUCUGCAACAGGUAACACAAAGCUUACACCUCUGUCUGGUAUAAAAUUCCACGACUCACACCACUUUUCUGUGCUUCACGUGGUGAAAUGUCACAGCAUACCAGUUGGGAAAGUCUGAUGGAGUCCUACUUAGCGGUGGAAGCUGGAAGCCUAACACUACGAGAUUCUGAAGCCACAUGGGUGCAUUAGAAUAUCUUACUCAUUACAGUAUGCACGAAAAUUUAACAGAAACAUACUGCAAACAAAGACUGUACCUGAACUCAAACAACUGAAAGGAAGAUGUAACAAGAUGGCAAAAACGGUACUAAAUGAACUAGAUUAUCAGAACUUCAAUUCAGAUGAGCAGCAGUCACAGUUUGGCGAUAUUCUGCUUUCCGACGAUUUCGCUGAGUGGUCCAGGUUGAUUUUUAUGAGUAUAUAUAUAUUAAAAAACAAUGUUCGCCGAGCUUUGAUGGUUUAAUAAAAUAGAAUUACCUAAAAUACACUCAUCAGACAUUCGCAAAAUGACACAGUCUCACCCCAAUGAUCUGUUCCUAACGAAGAUAAAGUCUGUGUUGCGAUCCUGUGAUAGGGCUAUAGGUGUGACUGCAGGUAGAGCACUGCCUUUCUUCACUACAUUACUAAGAAGAGUAGGGAGGCGGGCCCAUCGUCACAGCCACAUUUUACUCCUGAAAAAGAACCCCUGUGGAGCUGGGACUGUUCUGGAGGGACUCGAAAAAUGCCUGCCCCUAUCCAGGAUGAAAACAGGACCUCCAUGACUUGUGUCUAGUGUUUUAUGUCAGAUCACCAUGGACACAUCUAUUAUUUACAGUGCUUUAGAAAUAUUGCAAAAUCGUGUCUACGAACAGCGUUAAUAUUUUCUAUUCAAGACUGCUAAAGGUUAAUUUUCCCCGGAAAAAGAAUAGCAGGUUGACUGUGGCGCAUCUUCAGCGUGUCUCUUGGCCUAUGGACAAACCACCUCUGUUCCCAUGCACUAGUCAAUGAAAGCUAGUGCCUGUUAUGUCCAACUCCUUAAAUUUUGUAAGCUUGAACACAGUAUUAACUCUAUACAGGUAACAAGACGACACUGUUCACCUCCCGAUAUUAAAAAUUAGAGGUUACAAUGUGUGUUACCCCUUUUUGUAUUUUCAGAUACGAAAUGUGUGCUCCCAUAAUUAUUUGCUUCAUUGCAUUAUUACUUAAAUAUAACAGUCUUUUUUCUUUGCAUCCAUAACCACGACAUUUUCAUGAAAAAGGACUGUCCAUUACCACAUUGUUUUGGUGCCAUUAGUAGUUCGGUCUUUACCAGAUGAGCAAGUUGCUGAGGGUAGAGUUAUCUGAGAAUAACUUCAUAAAAGUAAGUAAUAUUGUUAAUGACUGCAAAGUUGUUCAUGUUGUAUUUUUAAAUUAAUUUCGCUAUCACAUCAGUAGAGAGAUAACAAGCAUUACUUCACAGAAAUGCUUUCUCGAGAUGUCAGUACAAACCAGUAUGAACAGGACGCCGGCUGGUCCUCAUUCCGCACUAUCAUACAGCAAAGAACGGAAGAGUAAGAUGUAGGGAAGCAAGAUAUGUCGCAGGUAGAAAAUUGCAGCUGUGGAAAUAUCAACAGCAAUAGUGAGGGACAUUGAAAACGGUAAAUCAGAACCAUAUCACAAGAGCUGUGUGUGCCAGCUUACACAUUAGAUAAAAAACUUCGAAUGACUCGUAUCUCGUAAAUGAUAAUGCGACCUGUAGAUUACAUAACUUUAACCAUGAAUGUUUUUAAAACUUGCAGUAACAGGUACUUCAGGCCGUAGCCCAAUUAGCUGCGUUGUACCGUCGAGUUUUGGCUAUAGCUCCUCUUUGACACCCUGUUUGGGCUGACUGUAGUAAUUAACUACCGCCUCCUCAUGAGUGUACAUAAUCGACUGGUAAAUGUCCUAUUCGUCGAGGUCUUCAUGGCCCAUGCCACCUUAUCCGACAAUAUUGCUUCAUUUUUGUUACCUUCUCGUAUUCGUAAGAGGGUCACGUGCACACGUAAUCCAAGUAUCACCCACUGUCCACAGAAUCAUCAAGAGAUAUAACACAUAGUUCCCUGUCAUACAGUCGUGAUCUUGAGGUUCGCUAGAAUAAAUAUACGCCGUCUUAUGAGACGUACCUACGUGGCAUUGAUCUUAAAUUUAUUUUCAACUAAAGCUAACAGUUAAUUAUGAGCACAAACUAUAUCAGCGUCAUGUUACAUACGCAUACCCGAAGAUCAAGUAUGAGCCUCCUUGAAAAUAUGGAGAAAACUUUGAAACUGUAAAGACUUUCUUAAUUGGUCAUACGAGCGGGGAGGCGUAAUGUUCGGGAGAAACAAGAGGUGUAGAACUGAAUAUCGCCACAGGGGAGAAACGUACAUUCCGAAAGCUGGAAGUGUAGCUCAGGAAAAAUUAGCCACAUCAUCUACCCACACUCAAAACUCUGUCUUCCACAUUUUAGCAGAGUUUAGACAACACAUUGUAUAUAUCACAAGCAAGUAAGUUUUUCAUUAAUAGCGCUCUGGAAUUAUGUAAGAACUGAUUUGUUAUGCACUGCUUUCUUCCUCCUCAAAUAAAACGAUGUUUUCUGAGCCACAUAUCACAUAAUCAGCAUAUUAUAAACCUUAAACAGUAUUGAUUUAGGUAUAAUAUUAUUUAAACUUAUUUGUGUAAAUUGUUAAUGUACAGUUUUUAUGGCUAAUAUGAUGUCAUGUAUAAGUACUGAAUAAAAAUAAGAAUAACAUA